AUGGGGUUGAGGACCCUGAAGGACUCGGUUUCUGCCCUGCCCACCCUCCCCUCAAAGCAGCGGGGGAGGGGGGUCUGGGAAGGCCAGGAGGUCCCAGCCCCUGGGGAUGGUCUCGGCUUGACCCUCACCCCAGGAAGGGGGAUGGCUGGGCCCUACAUGACUCAUGAGGACAUUUCAAGAGUCCUGGAGUUUUCAGGGUGGGGUGACUGGAAACUCGGAGCAGCAGGGGCCGAGCCCCAGCCUGACCCAAAAGCCCAGUGGUGCCCUGGGGCGCCUCGGCCCAUCCCCCGGCCCCUCCCGAGCCCCGCAGCCCCCCGGGAGGACAGCCGUACCUUGGAAGUGGCCUGCAGAGUCCACACCCACCCAGCCCUGCCACUGAGCAACGUGCCACCACCCCCCACCCACCCCCAGCCCAGCACAGGGGGCCAGAGGGACUCCGGAGACCGGACCCCAGCAAGUGGACGGGGGGCAACGGCCCACUUCCAGCAACCCUCCAUUGCCACCGCGCCCACCCUCCCAGCAGUACCUCUGCAGAGGUCAUGCCCUCCUUCCCUCAAGACAGCUGGUCCUCGCCCCAGACCAGCCCCUUCCAGGCCUUUCUUGUUCUCUCCUCAGGCCCACGGCCCCACCCGCCUCCGGAGGCAGCCCUCCCCCAGCCUGAAGGCCCCCUCCUUGCGCAUCCCCUCACCCGGGGCGGGACAGCAAGGAGGAGGAAAGCCGAGAUCAUCCCACAGAAAACAGACCGACCAAGUGUGACCGAACCCAGUAAAGUGACUCAGGUGGGCCCGUCCCUGCCCAGCCCCAGA